GAGUUCGGCAGCGGCCGGUCGCCGCUCGGCGAAGAGGCGAUGGAGGCGAAGGGAAUCGGCAUGGAGUCGCCUGAAGUGACGGCAGUUUCGGUGAUGGGGGAAGAGCAGAUCGACAUCGCCGAACAGUUGCCGAGUGCGGACGAGAGCGGCUUCGCAGAAGUGACAACAGUGACAGUGGGGAAUAUGGCUGGACCCGCGGACAAUGUUUUUACAACAUCUGUUGCAAACGCCUCUAUAUCAGAACACGUGCUGUCGGGAAGAACCACACUUCAGAUUGGAGAAGGACUCCCCACCGACAAAGCAACGCUGAUAGUCGUUCACACGGACGGGAGCAUUGUGGAAACAACUGGAUUAAAAACACCCAGCACACCCAUAACUCCAGGUCCACAGAUAUCUUCAACUCCUCUGACACAAGGCCCUGACAAAGAGGGAACGAAAUACAACUGGGAUCCUUCUGUGUAUGAGAACGAGCUACCAGUCAGAUGCCGGAAUACUAGUGGAAUUUUGUUCAAAAACAAACUUGGUUCAGGAGGACGGGGGCGUUGCAUUAAACACGGAGAGAACUGGUUCACUCCCACGGAGUUUGAAGGCAUGGCAGGACGAGCUAGUAGCAAAGACUGGAAAAGGAGCAUUCGAUAUGCUGGGCGACCCCUUCAAUGUCUGAUACAAGAUGGUAUCCUAAAUCCCCAUGCAGCCUCCUGCACCUGUGCUGCUUGCUGUGAUGACAUGUCUUUGACUGGCCCAGUCAGGCUCUUCGUCCCUUACAAAAGACGCAAAAAGGAAAAUGAACAAAGUACGACCCCAGUCAAGAAGGAAUCUCCCAAGAACAUCACUUUACUGCCUGCAACAACUGGAGCAACCUUUACAGUGACACCGGCUGGGCAGAUCACUCCUUCUGGGACACUGGCCUUUGAUCGAGCCUCCACAGCAGAUGCCACUGCCAUUAUUUCAGAUAGUGCCGCACAGGGAGAUGUCUUCACUAAUACCACAGAGGACGGCCUUCACCAGACACAGCCCUGUCGAGACUGGUGGUGGGAUGCGGCAAAUAAAACCCCUUACCCCCUACAAGGGCAUGAGGCUCAUAGGCAGGGAGGCCGAACGGGGCUGGGCGUUCCUGAAGUAUGUGGAGAUGACGGUGCUCAAGGACGACCACAAACCCAGGUGGAAGCCAAUACGACAGGACCCUCACGAUCAUCUCCGCAGUCUGUCUCACCAACAUCACUGGGAGCAGCUGCCAGCCCAGACACACACACAUCAAAGAGUAUCAGUGAGUUUGAGGAGGGAACACAGGUGUUAACCUCGCUCCCUGCCCUUGCAGUGCCAACUCCUUCCACCCCGACCAAAACCAUCUCACCCACAGCCUUGAAUGGAUUGGAGGUAGCCGAACAGCGCAGCUGGCUCUACCUCGAAGAAAUGGUCAACUCAUUGAUGGCCACAGCUCAGCAGCUGAAGACACUGAUCGAGCAAGCAAAGCAGGCCAGCAUAGCUUCGAAGGACGGAGCCAUUGCACAAGCCAAGCUCCAGGCAGACCGUGAGAGGAAAGGGAGCCUGAACCAGUACCAGAGCCAGGUGCCAUUUCAUUCAGCAGAGGAUGUGGACGGGAAAACUGAGAUCAUCAUCAAGCAAACCUGUGUGAACUGUGGGCGUGAAGCAAUGAAUGAAUGCACUGGAUGCCACAAGGUUCAUUACUGUUCAACAUUCUGUCAGCGAAAGGACUGGAAGGAUCAUCAGCACGUGUGUGGGCAACCGACAGCCCUCACUGUGCAGGCAGAGGAGGUGCAGGUGACAGAGGUCGAUGUGGAGAAAGUCAAAGUCUGAGUCUCCUCCCUAAGAAUUCAGCGUAUCGACUUGAGUGAGUGGUGUGGACAUAGAGCUUGACACUGAUUCAUGCAGUGAAGACACCGUGUUCUUACCCUGCAGGCUGGACCUUUCAUUGUUCGGGUACACUGCAGGCUGAGGAAAGGUUGAUUCUGUUCAUUUCUGAGUAAUGAGAGCCCACGUAAGCGGAUUUGGGGUUACUCCUGUAUCACACAAACCCAGUCGAUGCCUAACUGCAGAAAAUGCCCUGUAGAAUUGUCAUGAACUGAGCAAUAGUCAGAUCCUUGAUUCAUAACUCAGCCAUUGCUGCCUGUUCCUAUUUUUGUCUCCUCGGCCUUAUACAGGGACUGAGUUACUGCCCAUUGCACUCACUCACAUGCUCACUCACACACACUUUCAAACCCUCAAACACACACCCACAGCCACCCACUUUCACACCCUCACACGUGUACUCACAUGCUCACACUCACUUUCACACCCUCACACACACGUAUACACUUUCACACUCUCACUCGCAUCCUCAUGCAUGCCCUCACACACUCAUGACCUCUCAUACCCAUGCCCUUUCACAUCCUAACACCCUCCCACACCUUCUUCUGGUUCAGUCUUAGUGGCCAGAGGAAGUGGAGCAAUCUGGUAUGGACAAGGGCCAGUUGGAUGGGGGAGUGGAAAUCUGGUUGCUUGUGUUUUCUAUAAAUUUCAAGGCUCCCGCUGAUGAGUAUUUUGUUGCUCAGGAAAUUAGAUGGUUGCAUUUACAGGUUACACCUGAUGAGCUCUAUUCGACAUGCCUUGUCUCAACCAGUGAGGACUGUGAACUCCUGUUGUCGCUUUCUGAUCUUUCACCUACAGACUGACUACAAUGUGCCCUUGUAGUUUACCUGUAGGAGGCACCCUUCUGGGGGAAAGGAGCAAUUAAAAGGCAUGUCCAUGAUGCGAUGAUUGUGUAUUUAGUGAUGUUGAACUUCCAGUUUUGAGCUUUGGACAGAUUUGCAGCAUUCCCAUUGAGUGAGUCCUGGAGCUGGCAGUGCCUCUUUGUACAUGGAGCAUUGUUCAGACAUACUUAAACGAAUUGAAAUCGGAAGUCUGUGGAACCAGGUGAUGCAUGGUUGUGCAGCAGCCCAAUUGAUCUCUAGUGUUAAUGAGUUUACACCAUCACUGUGAUCCUGGAUUGAGGAGGAGAACAGAUCAUAUCUCAAAUGCAGUAUACCAAAAUUUUUGAUGCCCCCUGUUUGUCAUUGGAAGGAUUUGAAUAUUGCAGUAAACUAUAUUUUUAAUUCAAACUAAUGCUCAUGGUUGAGAAAAUCAAGGAAUGAAGAAACAUUGUAUAAUUUACUGGCACAAAAUUUUUCAUAAUAACCGGGCAGAGGCUGCGAUCAGACAGGGGUGCUGAGAAGGUUCAUUGAAAUCAGGAGCAGUUUUCAUGGGAGAUUAAUCACUGCUGAUUAAACUCUCGUUGUAUCUGCAAUUUCACACUUGAAGGAUUACAGAGAUAUUUGUGUGUGUGGAUUAUUUUUGGUAGUCCAGACAUUAACUGGAUGAUCUUUUCUCUUAAACUUGGGAAACUGUGUUUCCGAAUUGCUUCUUCCAAGGAGCUGUGAAAUUCACAAUGAAUAGAAUGUCUCUGAGAGAUUAAAGCAGAAUUCCUCAAUUCCUCCUUUCUGGGAGAGUGAGCCUAUUUCGCCAGUGGAAGUGAAUACUUGUAAAUAAGGGUGUAAAUUGCUGUGAGGUGUGUUUAUACAUAUUGGGGAAGUUGUAGGUUAUGGUAGCGGAUGCCCUUCCCACUGAGUAUUACUUUUGAUAAGAACAGGCUUAGCCAAUGUACUUUAUUUAAUUUCUUGAAAUCCCGUUAGCAAGCUAUUCUUGUAUUUUGUAAGUUUUCUGUAUUUUUAAUUGUCACAAAGCAUGCUUUGCUGUAUAUGUUCAGUAAAUGAUGAUAGUGUUUUAUAGAAA